CUUGCAGGUGCUCUCACUAAAGGGUCUACCUUUUCGCACCCAUGAAGCAAUUCAACGCCAAGUUGGCCGCGGCAGCGAGCGGCUCUACGCUCACUGCUCUGACAAGUAUGUUCGUCCAGCUCGCGCGCCAUGCCACUCCUCAUUCCGUUUGUGCUCAGUGACGCCGUUCGAUGUGGUGAAGACCAGGCUGCAGACACAACCCCCAAUGCCACCACAGCCAUUGUUUCCCAACCCUCCGUCAAACGUAUGUUGUCAGCCAUCAACGUCCAUCCCAUGUGUCCGCCGAAUGUCCUCGCUCGCGCCAUCACUCGAGGGCGACAUCGUCUGCAUAUGGGACCAUGGGGUGAUGCGGACGGAACGAGUGAACGGCUUCUUCGAUGCAUUCCGACAUGUUGUGAGGGCAGAGGGCAUACCAGGCCUAUGGAAGGGCGCAGGGACGACUCUUCUCAUAGGUGUACCGUCCUCAACAUGCUACAUGCUGACAUAUGACCACCUCCUCAAGGUCACACUACCUCCUCUCCUCCCCGCACCUGUUGUCCCUCUCUUCUCCGGUAUGCUCGCGCGUACCAUGAUGUCCUCCAUCAUGUCACCACUCGAGCUUGUCCGCACAAAUCUCCAGUCGACACCACUAUCACCGGAUAACCCACAUACCCUCCGCUCUGUUCUUGCUUCUGUGCGUGGUCUCACACGUGCUCAUGGCCCGCGGUAUCUAUGGAGAGGGCUUGGGCCGACGCUCUGGCGUGAUGUCCCGUUCAGCGGGCUCUACUGGCUAGGCUACGAGACCAUCAAGGCCGCAUUCGCGCGACAAGGUGCCGCAGGUCCACAGGUUGCGUUCGCGAGUGGAGCGAUCAGCGGGACCACGGCGGCACUUCUGACGUCGCCGUUCGACGUCAUGAAAACGCGGCGGCAAGCAGUAUCAAUGCAGGGAAGCACGGCGAAAAAUGCGACGUUCCCGCUGAUGAUGCAAAUCAUCCAAAAUGAGGGCGUUUCUGCACUGUACGCUGGUAUCCUUCCCCGAAUUGUGAAGAUUGCUCCAGCGUGUGGGAUCAUGAUUGCAUGUUUCGAGGGUGUCGGCAAGAUGCUCACCACGGAAGAGUCAUGACACCUGGGUCAUUUAGGAGACAUAGUCGUAUUGUCCCAUUAAUAUGACAUUACUAUCCCGCAUGCAUGAGUACCCCAGCUAGAUUACAACAUUUGUAAGAACAGCAACCUCUAGACAGCUCCACAGGGUAUAUGGUAUCAUCCUAAUCUGUUUAGCUGCUUC